CGUUAUCCACUUCCUGUGGGCAUGUAACACUCUCUUUCCUCUGUUUUCCCAACCUCACUUCCCCCAUCUUCACCAAAACCUUCCUUUCAACUUCCAUGGCUGCCACCACAACUUCACCCUUCAAAUCCAUCUCCACUAUACUUUCUCUCUUCUCUCCCUCAAAACCCUCUCUUCCAAAUCCCUUUGCCUCCGUAAACUCCCACCUCACCACCUCCAAACUCUCCAUUUCCACCCGGAAUUUGACAACUUUUAAACGGACUAUAGGAUGCAAGGCGGCGGAAGUGUCGGUUGCGGAAGAAUCUCCGGCGUCGGACGGUGGUGGGAAAAAUUGGGUUCCGGUGGUGCCGUUGUCGGCGUUGCCUAGAGGAGAGAGAAGAGUGAUCAUUCAAGAUGGGGAGACAAUUUUGCUUUUGUGGUACAAAGAUGCGGUUUUCGCUAUUGAAAAUCGGUCCCCGGCUGAAGGUGCUUAUAGUGAGGGUUUGCUUAAUGCCAAACUUACCCAAGAUGGGUGCAUAGUCUGCCCGACAACAGACAGUACAUUUGAUCUUCGAACUGGAGAAAUUAAGGACUGGUAUCCAAAUAACGCAGUGCUUAGAGUUCUCACUCCUGCUUUGAGGGGAUUGUUCGUCUACCCAGUGAAAUUUGAUGAUCAAAAUAUCUACAUCAGCAUGGGUGUUAGUUCAAAUAUGGAUGCUUCUGCAGAGAUCGUGUUUAGUGGGAAGGCUCAACCUGGUAUAACUGCUACAGAUGUUAACGUGGAAGAGGUGAAAAUGGUGGUUGAUGAAAGUUCAGGAGGAUUUGGUUUCACACGGAAGAACGAAGUGAUUAACGGAAAGGCUGCUGUUAUUGGGUUCCUAUUAUUAUUAGAUUUCGAACUUCUAACCGGUAAAGGCCUUCUCAAGGGGACUGGAUUCUUGGAUUUCCUUUAUUCUGUUACUGAUGCUUUCAAUUAAGCAGAUUGUUUUCACCAACAUACAAACAACAUAUUCAUGCAUAAUAUAGAUACACCAAUAUAUAAAAGCAUAAGUAAAUUUUUGGUGAA